AUGGCGGCGACGUGCUCGUUCGUACUGUCAUCUCUUCUGUGUCUUCUCUCUACAGCAUGUGCUGAUCUGCUCGGGAUCCCCACCGUUCCAUUUACACAAACCCAUGGCUGUUUUUUCAAUCUGUCGAAUGUUGAACAUGUUAUUGUCGACAGCCAAUCUUCCUCGGCACGAGACGAGGAUGGCUGGACCCUCAUCCCGCCUACGUUAGCGGGGUUCGCAGACACGUUUUCGGAUGACCUCAGUACAGUAGCCCACUGCGAGCCAACGAUCAAGCAUGGCCCCAAUUGUGGCGAGGAUGCCAUCUUCUUAACCAUCGACAAGAGCUCCGACUUCCAAGAUGCUGCUGGGAGGUUCACCUCCGAAGGCUACAGGCUUGACAUCUCCGAGAGCAACAUCACAAUCACCGGAGCUAGUCCUCUAGGCGUCUGGUGGGGUACCAGGACGGUGUUACAGCAGGCAGUGCUGAAUCAUGGCAAAGUAUCAUGCGGGUCCGGCGUAGAUGCUCCUGGCUGGAGCACUCGAGGCGUUAUGCUCGACGGCGGCCGCCACUACUAUCCACCAUCCUUCAUCAAGGAGAUGUGCAGCUGGAUGUCCUUUUGGAAGCAGAAUGCCUUCCACCUUCACCUCUCGGACAAUCUGUACAACAAUGUCGACAUUUACGACCGCGAACAACAACUCGAUCUUUAUGCACGGUUCCGCCCGUACUCGGAGGACCCAGCCGUAGCCGGCCUCAACACACAUGCCAACGAGUCCUACACCCAAGCAGACUUCGAUAACAUGCAACGUAGCUGCGCAGCCAGAGGCGUGACCAUCAUCCCAGAGAUCGAAGCACCCGGCCAUGCUCUCGUCAUAUCUCAGUGGAAGCCGGAGCUCGGACUAGACGGACAGCUCGACCUACUCAACAUCACCUACCCCGACACGAUUUCUACCAUGGAAACAAUUUGGCGCACGUUCCUGCCAUGGUUCCGUACCAAAGUGAUCCACAUCGGAGCGGACGAGUACGUCGACCCAGAUCUCAGCGACUACGAACUAGCAGAAUCCUACAACCACUUCGUCAACGCCAUGUCCUCCUUCAUCAGCAGCGAGGCAGACAAAAGCAUGCGGAUCUGGGGCACGUAUCCACCACAAUCCAACUACACCUCGCAGAUCCACAAGAACGUCUCGAUCCAACACUGGGAGUUCUUCGAAGACAACCCGCUCUACGACUACAUCACCAACGGCUACGACGUGCUCAACUCCGACGACUCCUGCUACAUUGUGCAGAAAUACUCGACCAGCUACCCGAACCACCUCAACCGCACGCUCAUCUUCCACGGCGACCCCGCUGGAGGACCAUUUGCACCAUACGUCUUCGACAGCAACAACGCGACCAAUAACCCAGACGCGAGCAACCCGCACGUCCUAGGCCACAUCGCAGCGCAAUGGAACGAUUACGGCCCCAACACCUCAACCUACCUCGAAGCCUACUACUCCUGGCGCGACCUCCUGCCCGCACUGGCGGACAAACAAUGGGGCGGCAAUCUCCUCGACUCCGACUACGACGACCUCUUCAAUACCCUGCAACCCGCAGCACCAGGCCAGAACCUCGACCGCACGAUCCCGUCCCAAUCUCCCACGAUCUUCGCCUACGACUUCACUCCCUCGCCGCAACCAGCCAUCGCCGCCAACCAACCGACUGUCAUCAAAGACUUAUCAGGUAACGGCUAUUACGCGCACACGAACUGCUCCAUCCUCCCAAGCGGCCUCCGCCUCACAGACAACUGCAGCCUCCUCACCCCCCUGCACUCCAAAGGCGCCAACUACACCCUCACAUUCACCCUCCGCCAAACCUCCCGCACCCCAGGCCCGCUCUUCAGCGGUCCCGACUCCGCUCUCUGGUCCGGCAACGGCACUUCUACCUCGCUCAUGCUUGUGAGCGGUAGUAAUGCGUUCCCGUUAAAUUACUCUCUACCGCUUGACCAAUGGGUUGAUGCCAGCUUGGUGGGCAGGGGGAACAGGACGUUCUUUCAGGUGGACGGGGGGCGGGAGAUGGAGUUUAAAACUCAUAUCGGGGUUAACGGGGAGGAAAUGGUUUGGGCGGAGAUGGGGAUCGUGGCGCCGGUGAGAGAGAUUGGGGGCGGGGGAUGGGAGGGGUGGGUGAGGGGGGUGGAGUUGGUUGGGCAUGCUUGA